AUGCUUUAUAAAACGUCUUAUGUGGCGAAAAUUAGCAAAUUAAGACGCCGAGGAAUACGCAUACCAGGAACAAUAGUGCACCGCGAGAGUGCGAAACAAAGGUUGUCAAAUGGAGAGCUGUGCGCACAAGAUGUGCUUGAAGUGGAAAGGAUGAGGGGAGAGGACAGAGGUGAUGACGGAUUUCCGAGCAAUCAUGAUGAUGAUCUUUUUGAAAGACCACCAAACUUCUUUUUCCUUCUUCCCACACCGAUUUCGAUAUCCGAUAAUGGGAAGAUAACAUUCAAGACUGCAGUUUUAGAAAUACUUCUUAUCUCGUUGAAUCUGGUGGCGGUUGUGGGAGGUACUGCUCAUGUUGUAGUAAUACGAGCGGUUGGACGUCACUGCUUCUUCUAG